AACCCCGCUGGGCGGGGAACCCCCCGGGUAAAUGGUUAUUGGUGGCAACUUGUGUCCCAUCCAUACUUCAUUCUCCAUCUGAACUGAAGUCCAGCGCAGUUGCUGAUCAUGGAGGGGCUCAAGCCCUUCCGAGCGUGACUAUUAAAGCUUCCUGCGCCGCUCCUUUGCCAUCAUUCGCAACCUAUCUAUCGCUUCCUCUUCCCUCUCCCUCCUUUUCGCUUUCUUCCUCCACCCCCCCAAUCGCCUCGUCUUCACGGCACCAUGGCCACCGCAACUGUCACAACGCUCGAGAAGCCCAACAUCGGCGUCUACACCAACACCAAACAUGACCUGUGGGUCGCGGAAUCCAAGCCCACGCUGGAGGAGGUGAAGAGCGGCGAGAGUCUGCGGCCCGGGGAGGUCACGAUCCAAGUCCGCAGCACCGGCAUUUGCGGCUCCGACGUCCACUUCUGGCACGCCGGCUGCAUCGGUCCCAUGAUCGUGACAGGCGACCACAUCCUGGGCCAUGAAUCCGCGGGGCAAAUCAUCGCCGUCGCGCCGGACGUGACCUCGCUGAAGCCGGGGGACCGGGUGGCGAUCGAGCCCAACAUCAUCUGCAACGCGUGCGAGCCCUGCCUGACGGGACGGUACAACGGGUGCGAGCGGGUGCAGUUCCUGUCGACGCCGCCGGUGGACGGGCUGCUGCGGCGGUACGUCAACCACCCGGCGAUCUGGUGCCACAAGAUCGGCGACGAGAUGAGCUACGAGGACGGGGCCCUGCUGGAACCGCUGAGCGUGUCGCUGGCCGCCAUCGAGCGCAGCGGGCUGCGGCUCGGGGAUCCGUGCCUGAUCACGGGCGCCGGCCCGAUCGGGCUGAUCACGCUGCUGAGCGCGCACGCGGCGGGCGCCACGCCCAUCGUCAUCACGGACAUCGACGCGAGCCGGCUGCAGUUCGCGCAGUCCCUCGUGCCCGGGGUGCGCACCUACAAAGUCCAGACCAACAAGACCGCCGAGGAGAACGCCGCCGGCGUGAUCCGCGUCUUCAACGACGCCGCCGCCGACGAGUCCUACGACAUCGACGGCCCGACCACCCUCCGCCCGCGCAUCGCGCUCGAGUGCACCGGCGUCGAGAGCAGCGUGUGCUCGGCGAUCUGGAGCGUCAAGUUCGGCGGCAAGGUGUUCGUCAUCGGCGUCGGCAAGAACGAGAUGACCAUCCCCUUCAUGCGCCUCAGCACCCAGGAGAUCGACCUCCAGUACCAGUAUCGCUACUGCAACACCUGGCCCCGCGCCAUCCGCCUCGUCCGCAACGGCGUCAUCAACCUCCGCAAGCUCGUCACCCACCGCUUCGCCCUCGAGGACGCCCUGAAGGCUUUCGAGACCGCCGCCAACCCCCGCACCGGCGCCAUCAAGGUCCAGAUCUUGAGUGACGAGGAGGAUGUCCGCGCUGCUUCCGCUGGUCAGAAGCUGUAGCUGCCGUUACGAAUGAAAUGAAAAUGAUUCGCUUUGUGUUGGUUUUGGAUGUGUGUGCUGUGUUGGUUUUGCUUUUUGGGGGUUUACUAGAGGGAGGUGACUGGUCGCCUUGAUUCCAUAUAUAUACCGAUUCAAUCUGGAUUUUAUGUAUUGUUGUGAUUGCGUUUGGUGUGGAAGUAAAGUAGAGUAGAGUGUCUUGUGUAAGGUAUGUGUUGGUGCUGCGUCGGAGCAUCCCUAUAGAUAGACCUUUGUCUUUGCGCACGCAGCGGACGAAAGGCUGUGGCGUAGUAUUUUCAAUGCGCAGUCGACCCUUCGAGAAUGUGAG